AUGUUGAAGAGACUGAAGAAGAGCCUUUCUACUGCCGUCAGCGCUCUUCAGGAGACAGACCCCAAAUACUUCAAAGAGUUUGAGCCCAUUUUGGACAGCUCCUUCUGGUCCCUGCCUGCAGAAUGGAGCUCCACAGAUCCCUCACUUGUUUAUACCUCACUGCAGGAGGCAACACGAACUUGGCCGCAUUCAGAUUUUCUGAGUCUCUCUCAGCGCGCAGCUGCUGUUUCGAUGUUGAAGAGACUGAAGAAGAGCCUUUCUACUGCCGUCAGCGCUCUUCAGGAGACAGACCCCAAAUACUUCAAAGAGUUUGAGCCCAUUUUGGACAGCUCCUUCUGGUCCCUGCCUGCAGAAUGGAGCUCCACAGAUCCCUCACUUGUUUAUACCUCAGUGAGGUCUAUGGAGUGCUAUGAUGAGCAGUUGAGUGACAAGUGCAUGACGCUCCUUCUAGGAACAUGGAAAGACAAUGGAACCCCAUGUAUUGUGACUAAGUCUUGUAGAGACACGAUGACACAAUUUGGAUGUCCGCACUAUUCCCUGUCCCACCAGCUACUGUACUUCAUGAUAGGAACGAUGAAAGGGUGCUCCAGAAUGCUCAAGGGGGACCUGAGAUUGUCUCGUGUCAACAUUACUGUGGAAUAUUAUAAGAGAAUCUUCUGCUCCAACAUGAUGAAAAGCAACCAGGAUAUUUUCAAGAAUGUUAUUACUGGACAAAUGCAGGACAUCUUUAUAGAAGACAUUCUUUUAUGUGGUUUAGUGGGAUUCUCAGACUUCUAUAAAUUGGACUGGUUACAAUCUAUUCUAACAUGGCAAGACCAAGAAGCAGGCUGUUUUGGCAAAGAAGAGGACAUCUCCCAGAUCUUUGAGGAAUUCUUGGAUGCGCCCCACAAACGGGUGAAAAGAAGAGAAAAAACACUGACAGAUGGCUGCUCAAGUCAUAUGACAGGAGUUGCAGUGAGUGCAUUAGGAGGUUUUCUCAACUAUUACCUUUCAGAGCAGGACAUAACGAAGAGACCCUUGAUUUAAGGGCCAUGCUUCAUGAUGAGAUAAUGGUGACAGAACUCAAGCCUGGCUCACACUACAGGAUUUUUAGCCCGAUUUAGCCGAUUUUCCCCUCCCGAGAAUCAGAGCAAAAAUCUUGUCGAGCACCUCGAUCGGCCCCGUUGUUCGGCGUUCCUUCUUUAUCAGGCUUUACAGAUACAUUUAGUAUUUAUUCUUUCCUCUAUGAUCAAUUUUC